AAAAGAAACACUUACAAUUAACCUUUUCAAUUUUUUUUUCUAAUUAAAAUGAUGAGCUAAUUAGUGAAGUUAAUUAGUUGACAGCAAUGAGAGAACUAUGUUCCAUUUAAAUGUGAAUUUCCUAGUUAAUUGUUUGACAAUCGUAACAAUUUACAACAAUUUAUGUUCAUCAGUUGAAAUUGAUUCUAAUCGCCAAUGGAUUAACUAUAAGAUUAAAUAUUCAAAAAGUUAUUCCAAUGAUGAAGAUGAAAAAAGGAGACAAUUGUUUCUCAACAAUUUGGAAACAAUUAAGUAUCACAAUGAUAAAGCAGCUCGUGGAUUAGAAAGUUAUCAAUUAACAGUUAAUCAAUUCACUGAUUUGGAAGACGAGGAAACACCAAAUUGUAGUAACGAUUUCAAUCAAUUGACGGAAGGCCAACAAUUAAAUAGCAGAUUGAAAGUAACACAACAAUCAGGGUCGAUUGUCAAUUCUUCAGUAAUUGAUGACAAUCGUGAUGAUGAUGAUGAUGAUGAUGAUUUGCCAGAGACUGUUGAUUGGCGCAAUCAUGGUUGGAUUUCAGAUUUGAGACAUGUAAAGGCCUGUAAUCGCGGUGGUUGGGCUUUUGCGGUGGUCGAUGCGAUCGAGGGUCAAAUGUUCAAUUUAACUGGACGUUUAACUCCUCUAAGUGUUGCAGCAUUAAUUGAUUGUUCAUUUGGUUCAAAUGAGUUACGGGGCUGUCUAAAUGGUACCGUUAGGGAUGGUUAUCGAUAUUUGAUCAAUAAUCUGGGAUUACCUCGAGAAAAGGAUUAUCCAUUUACAGGUUAUCGACGAGAGUGUUUCCAUUAUGGAUUAUCAAUGGUAAAUGCAACAAUUAAGGGCUAUCGAAGGGUUGAACCAACGGAAAAAGCGUUGAAACGAGCUGUGGCCACGGUUGGACCAAUUUCCACCAUGAUGGAUGGUGCUGGUAAUUUCCGGUUAUAUUCGUCGGGAAUUUUCAAUGACCUUGAAUGUGGAACUCGAGAUUUGUUCCAUGGGGUGACCAUCGUCGGCUAUGGUCGAGAUGAAAAUAAGGACUACUGGUUGGUGCGGAAUAACAUUGGUCCAAGUUGGGGUGAAUUUGGUUAUAUCCGAAUACAGAGAAACCUGAACAAUUUAUGUGGACUCGCAACGAAUGCCUAUUAUCCGAUCGUUUAAUUGUCCAACAAAAUCCGAAGGUUAAAUAUCCGAAAAUGAUUAAAUUGUUGAGGGAAAAAUAAAGAAACAAUUAAUUUGUUAUUAGUUAUUGAGUUGAGAUGAAUUAAAAACUAUUCCUUAAUUGUUAUUAAUUAAACAAUAAUCAUCACAUCACAA